AUGACUUCAUUCAUUCACGCUCGACAGUCGAUCGGUGGAAUUUCAUCGGAGUACAUCGCGAUGCAUUUGCUCUAUAUUUGCAUUGGUAACAUCCUAUGUGCCCUGACCCUAGCAGCCCCCACCAGCGAGGAUGAUCUCAACCAGGAUACCCCGUACAUCAAGGAGCUGCUGCGGCAGGCCAAGGCUGCGGAGAUUGAGAGCUUCAUGGACCAAAGGGCGGAUCCGUGCAGUGACUUCUACGUCUUCUCCUGUGGCAACUAUGAGCGCAUUAACUCGGCUUUGAGCAUGCAGGUGGUCACGACGGGAGUUUUCGAGACCCUGACCAACGGCCUCAACCGGAAGAUACUGAAGAUGCUCAACGCGGGUCAUGAUAGCCACGACACCCCGGAGGAUGUUCAGGUUAAGCACUUCUACGAGUCCUGCCUGCGGAUCAAGGAGCUCAACACCACUUACAGCCAAAAGUUGAAGCAACUGAUAGCCGUUGGGACGAUGCCGGUGCUCGAGGGAUCCUCCUGGAAGGAGGAGGACUUCGACUGGCUUGGAACCACCGCUCGCAUGGCCUACCGGUAUGGAAUAACUCCGGUUCUUGGUAUAGAGGUGAACAAGGACCUGGCCAGCAACCAACGAAACCGGAUUUACCUGGGCCAGCAGGACUUUCCGCUCGAGGCGCGUUCCAUGUACGUGGACAAUUCAACGGCCACCUACCGUCAGAAGUAUCGUGCUAAUAUCCAGCGCACCCUGCAGCGAUCUUUGGGAGUGAAAGUGGAUCGCAAGAAAACGGCUAAGGAGCUGAUCGACUUCGAGGUGGAUCUGGCCCAAGGAUUGGUGGACGAGAGCGAAGGCCUGGACCUGAGUGAACUGACUGAGCUGCUGACCGUGGACGAGGUCCACCAGCGGUACUCCCCCACCUUGGACAUCAAGCGAGUGUUAAGUGUGAGCAUGGGAGAGCCAAUUACCGAACAGAUCUACGAGUACAACAAACGCUAUCAGCAAAAUCUGGUUGAAGUCAUGAAGCGUACGCCCAAGCGCACCGUAGCCAACUACAUAUUCUUCCGCCUUAUCUGGGAAUUCGUUGAGACGCCCUCCGACAAGCCGGCGAAACAGAAACAGGCCUGUGUGGAUCUCACCAAGAAGUUCUUCGCCAAGAACCGAAACAUGUUCUAUCGCCGCUACAAUAAUGAGAAAUCCUCUAGAGAAAUCGAUAACAUGUGGCGUCAAUUAAAGUCUACUUUUAACGAGACUUUGCGGUCUAGUUCAGCACUGGAUUGGAUCGAGAGACCCACUCGGAAUCUGGCUAUUGCUAAGCUACAGGCCAUGACUCUGGAGGUAAACAACUAUGCCGAGGAUAACUUCACCGAAGAGUUCGCGGAUCUCAAUCUGCAGAGCUCUGACUACGUGGAGAAUGUGCGACAGACGAGUCUUCUUGGAGCCAAACAAAUGCGCGAGAUGCUUCACAAACCAGCAAAACCAUUUGAGGCGGGCUCCCAGCUCAGUUACACUCCAGCCAACAUCCUUAUAGAGAACACCAUCAAGGUUCCGGUGGCCCUACUCCAACCCUUCUACAUUUGGUCGGAUGUCUACCCCAAUGCGGUUAUGUUCGGCACCUUGGCCUCGCUAAUUGGCCAUGAGUUAAUCCAUGGGUUCGACGACAGCGGAAGAAAGUUCGAUGCCAAAGGAAACUCCAACGAUUGGUGGGACGAAAGGUCCAGUAAUAACUUCCUGAAACGCCGGGAAUGCUUUACGAAGCAGUAUGGAAGGUAUGUGUACGAUGGGAUCCAGCUCAAGGAGUCCACUUCGCAGUCGGAGAACAUUGCGGAUAAUGGAGGAAUGCGGCUGGCCUACACCGCCUACCGGAAAUGGUACGAGUCCCAAACGGAGAAGGAUCUGGCCAAGGAGACCCUGCCCAACUUGCGAUAUAACGCCAAACCUUUUUUCAUCAGCUUUGCUCAGAUCUGGUGCAACGAUGCACAUCCAAGUGUGAAGGCCCUUCAAGUUUCAACGGAUCAGCACAUGCCAGGAAAGUUCCGCGUUAUUGGAUCUCUAUCGAACUUUGAUGAGUUUUCUAAAGAGUUUAACUGUCCAUCUGGAUCCGCGAUGAAUCCCUCGGAGAAGUGCUUGCUCUAUUAACUGGGUGAAGCCAGAAUCUCUUUUUAAACUUGAACUUCAUUUUUUUGAUACAAAUUAGUUUUAUAAUUGUUUUGAUAUCAUUAAAUAAAGUUUUGACAUGUUUUUUAAA